GGAAGAGACAAAAUAGUUGUUUGUUUGUUUGGGAGUCCCACCGACUUGGAUUCUCAAGGCCAAUCAGCGCCACAAGUUCCGAAAGCAGACAAAUUCUCGAUUGAACGCUUGGAUCCCACAGAUCCACCGAUCUUAGUUACCGAUUACGUCUUUUUCGUUUCUGGGUGCCACUCAAAACCAUCGUUCUUUUUAGAAGAAUCUUUGAAUUUUGAGGUUUAGAGAAGGAUAAGUCUAUGGGGUUGUGACGAGAGCAGAUUGACACUGAGAGGAGAAAUUGGGUAAUCAGGAAAUUGGUUUCUUCCCCAAAACAUUAUGGUGAAGCUCUGUUUGAUGGCCUCUCAUGGGCACCCUCCUGGUCCUGGGUUUGUUUUCCACCAAGAGCAAGGCAUGUGCAGGGUCGUCAAGGAUUGCCAGCCUUGCUUGCCAAUUCAGAGAAUGAAGCAGGAAAUAAUAAGACCAUCUUCCGUUAGUUUGAUGCCCUAUGAUGAGCCGUGGACGCCUAUAAGUAGCUUCUGUGAGUCCCGUCAGAUCGUCAAGUUUGACUCGACAGUCAAAAGACCCAUUCUCAUUGAUAUGCAAGACAAUGUAGUCAACUCCAUUCUCUUCAGCAUUUUGGUGACUGAACAAUGCGCGAAACACGAAAGGAUAUUGCGGUUCCUUACCUCUGGGCAUAGUGAAGUAGAGAAGGGGAAAUUGGAUUUUCCUGCACUUUCUGAGUUGAUGGAACUUCAAGCAUUGGCAUUUGAUGAGCAUCGGCAGCUAUAUUUUCCUUCCCUCGUUUACCCAAGCAUGGAAGUUGAUACCGCAAAGCAUCUCCUGGACGUUGUGGGACAUAUAUAUAGUUCAAAAAUGUCAGUUCAGUCAGAUGGACAAGUUCCAAUCACUCCAAUCACUAGUAGUGGGACUAAGAUGGAGGACAUUCUUUCAAUUCUCACAGAGUUUUACUUAUUAAAUACUACAACUAAGUGGAGAAAGGAGUCACUUGUCCCCCCGUUUAGCAGGCUAAAUAUUAUAGAUGCCCAGCAUAACAAGCAUACAUCUUCUUUGAAGUUGGAAGCUGUCACUGCCACACCUUUGAAGAGUCCUGGGAAACUCAAGCAUAAGCCAUCACUCAGGAAGAAGAACUCUAAGAAGGGAGGAACAGCAAGGGAUCUAUACAAAACGAAUUAUUUCCAUGCAUGCGAGAGCCUUCUAUCCUUGAUGAUCAGUAAGAAAUGGCAAGGGAAAACACCAAUCCUCUCGCUAAAGAAAUCUGGCCCUGAACUUCCCGAGCUACUGAACCAGUUCUCAGCUGGCAUUGCUGGGACAGGCAUUGCUGUUGUUUUCUCUGUCAUGUGUAAAUUAGCCUGUGGCAGGGUACCACUCUCUGGAUCUAAACUCCUCAGUUCCGGAUUUGGGUUUGGGCUGGUUUGGCUAUCUUGGGCAGUUAAUAGAUUAAGGGACACGAUUGUGUAUAUCAACAAAAACACAAAAAAGGUGGGUUUGAAGGAGGAGGAGAUGAUGACUAGAGUGGAUAGAAGUGUGAAUGAGAUUUACUUCAGAGCCGCAACACUUUUGGCGGUGGCCGUGCUGAGGUUUGCUUGAUUGUCAAAGGAAGAAGUACAUUUUAUUGGCAGCUAAUGGUUUGAAAAACAAUAUGAAAAAGCUGCUUGGAAAAUAACUUAGAAUGGAACGGUAACUGUAAGAAUGAAGUUGGUUGGUGAUAAUACGCGCGCAAGCAUUUGCUCUUAAUUGGCGAUGAACCAUGCCUGAAUAAGAGAUUUCCUAUCAGAUAAGGGCGACUGGAAGAUCAAAGCAAUUCUGGCUUGUAUGAGCCUCUGCAGACAUGAGUUCGUGUAGCAUCUUAUUGUCAACAUGCUUCUUCUUGCAGUAGUUGAGUAUGGGCAUAGUUUUAAUUUUGAACCAUAGAAGACUUGUUACUCGAACUGGAGAACAAAUGUGUACAUAUAGCACAGUUUUGUUGCCUGGAACAUUAAGCUAAUUUUGCUCUACUUCUA